GGAGAAACCCAAAAUGGAAGCCCAAAAAGAAGUCCACAUUAGAGGCCCAUUUCAUUCUUCUUCUCCCGCGAUGCCGCGCGAACACACACACACACACACCGACACAAGCACACACGUUCUCUCUCUCUCUCUCUCUCUCUCUGUAUAUAUAUAUGAGUUGAAUUUGAAGUGGAAUGGUACUGGAGAUGGAGCGUGGAUGGGAUUCUGGAGCUGAUAAAUGGAUUUCUUCAUCUACACACAGCUCUUCCUGAAAUUUUCCUGAAUCAAAUUCAGUUAUCAUGACUGAGAGUUCCAACAGAAUGGGUAUUACUAGAAGAUAUAGCUCUUGCAAAAUAGUGAAGAAGGCCUCCUCUUCAUCUUCAAAAAAGACAAAGAACAGUUCAUUUUGUCAAAGAGAAGAUGAGCUCCAUAGGCCAAGAUCAGAUGGUGGUCGAAAUGCAUCCAAACAGAAAAUUGAUAAGAUGGGCCCUAUCUGUAAAUCCAGAAAGAAGUCAGGUGCUGUUUUUCCAGAUGCGGAAGCAAAACCAGAAGAAGAUGGUGGUUUUGAUGAGCAGUUUCAGAAGGAAAUAUGGCUUGAUGAAGAUAAUUCCAUGUGGCUCUCUUCUAAUUGUAUGUCUCCUUCAUCUCCUUUUGAUGGUGAUAGAUUGUAUAUUGAUGAAUGGUUAGUUUCACGGCUAUCGAUUUCGAGAAGUUGCCAUCCACUUUUGGGUAAAGAAGUUGCUAUCUUUGAUGGAUCUGUGAUCAAUUCUCUGGAAGAUGCAUCUUUGGUUCUUGAGAAAACCAUCCUAGAUGCCGAAAAGAUUUUGCAGGAAGAUUUGAGGGAAGGAGAGAUUGUUACUUGGGUACCAGGCAUGAGAGAGAAUGAUGAAAGUGCAACAUAUUCCUCCUUAAGCACCUCCGAGAGCAGCGAGUCUUCAUAUACACAGUCCAGUGAGGAUUUCACAUGUUCUGACACUUCUUCAACUCCUUCCAGCACCAAUUUCGAAUCUCCUUCUCAGAGUUGGGACUUGGACAGCACAAGUUACUUUGUCUCAUUAGUCAAUCUUGAUGAGGAGGAUUCCAAGUGGAUUUCUGAUAUGGAGUCAGAGUUGGAUUCCUUCAGGUCCAGUUUUCCUAGCCCAUCUUUCAAAAGCAGCUGUAGUUUUGAAAUCCAAUCACCCAUCUCUAGUGUUCCUUUACUCACUGAGGUAGAAGUAGAUGUCGUGGAGCAUGGAAAAUCCCAGCAUGUUUUGCCCCAUGAGCUUGUCUCUGUAGCCACAGAUUUGGAUGGUGUGGAUUCUGAUGGACCAAUCUUCUGGCCAUUUGAGCAGAACUUUGAUUGGGAUUCAGAAUUAUCUUGGGAUUAUUUUUGCACAUCACCCCGAAAUGACAGAGAUAAAGUUGGAGCUUCGGAGCGAACCUUCCUGGCUGCAGCCGUUAGAUCAUUUCCCAUUUUGACAGAAGACCCAUGUCCAAGUUCCAUAGCUUCAGGUCCGCUAUCCCAAUCAUCAAGUCCUCACUCUACAAAUAAGGAUUCAAAAAAAGGGUGUAGGAGAAGCUUGGUGUUCAGCUCAAGAUCAAAAGUGAUGGAAUGGAAACGAAGAAGCAAAAGUGAGGAUCUCAAUGCCACACUUAUGAGGUCCGGCAAGCCAACUAAAAAACUUACAUGAAAAUACAGCCUCUAGAUAGAUGAUGACAUUACAAAACCAACAUUUUGAAUUGUUCUUACUGGGAAAUGGUUUAGGAGGACAUAGAUUUUUUAAUAGGAUUAUCUAGCACUAAAUGAAGAGCUUCCAUUUGUAUCACUGCUGGGCUUGAUGAAUUUGAUGGCGAUGAGGGAAUUCAUUCAGAAUUCAACAAAGAUGACUUCUCCCUGGUCACAGUCUUUGGGAGGAACUUGAGUUUUGACAGAAGUUUAGCUGAUAGGGUUGUCUUAUCGACACACUUGCAGGUAAAAAUCUUUUAUGCCCUUUUUUUCUUUUCUUUUCUUUUCUGUUCUUCUCGUUUCUUUUGAGGGGGGCUGGGAUGAGGAUACACACAGUUAAAAUAGGUAAAAACACAGCAUCACAUGUAUGCUUUUCAUGUACUCAUGCUGCUAUAUACUGGAGCUUUGCUUCAAGGAGUUCACCUUGAGAAUUUAGAGACUACUUUGUUCUCACCUUUCAAGUAUAAUCUUUGAAUUGAAAAUUCUAGACUUGAUUUU